UGGAGCCUCGCUGACAUCCAGCGCGAGGAGUGAUGCGCGUGAUGGACGAGGGCUCGUAACGGACUCGGAUCGACCGUUGCAGUUCAAAUCAGAACCGGCCAAGAUUAUUUCCCCGCAUACGGUGCAGCUCCUCCACAGACUCCACGUCUACUUUGAUGCCUGCCCUGCGAUGCGCUGGUGACCUGUCCAGGGUGUAUCCUUCCUUCUGGCCAGUGACCACUGACAUAGGCUCCAGAACCCCCCCAUGACCCAGAAGGACACUUGGAGAAGUCCGGACUUAAUGGAUGACUGACUGCUUCUCCACAAGACCUGGACUACCGUUUCUGACCAUUACCUUCACUUUUGUUAUUGGAACAGCUCCCCACAGGGUUGUGGAUUACUGAAGCAGGUUUGUUUCUUUCCGUACUGGAGCAUAGUGCAGAAUGAGAACUCCUCUGCUGUUAUUGCUGUGGCUGUAUUUCUGGUGCGAAGCCAGAGGCACUCUGAGGACUACAGGAGGUCUGAGGAGAACAGGAUGGGAGCACACGGGAACGGCUGGAGACGGGCUCUCACUCAGGCGCUCCAAACGAGGCUGGAUGUGGAACCAGUUCUUUCUGCUGGAAGAGUACACAGGAAGUGACGAUCAGUAUGUGGGAAAGCUGCACUCCGAUAAGGACAGAGAAGACGGCACUGUAAGAUACGUUCUCACCGGAGAGGGGGCGGGCACCAUUUUCGUAAUCGACGAAAACUCAGGUGACCUCCAUGCCACCCGGAGGCUGGACCGCGAAGAGAAAGCCUCCUACACGCUCAGCGCUAAAGCUGUGGACAAGCUAACAGGCCGAGACCUGGAGGGGCCAUCGCAGUUCACUAUCAAAAUCCACGACAUCAAUGACAACGAACCAAAAUUCACCAAAGACCCCUACAUAGCCUCUGUGCAAGAGAUGGCCGACGUAGGUACGUUUGUUGUGCAGGUGACGGCCACAGAUGCUGAUGAUUCUACAUAUGGUAACAGCGCUAAAGUGGUGUACAGUAUUCUGCAGGGACAGCCUUACUUCUCCGUAGAACCAGAGACAGGCAUCAUUCGGACAGCCCUGCCCAAUAUGAACCGCGAGGUCCGUGAACACUAUCAGGUGGUGAUUCAGGCCAAGGACAUGGCAGGACAGAUGGGGGGCCUCUCAGGGACCACCACAGUUAACAUUACUCUGCUGGACAUCAACAAUAAUCCACCGCGCUUCCCUCAGGGUGUUUAUCAGUUCACCGUUCCUGAGUCAUUAGAGCCGGGCAGUACGAUUGGCAUGCUGAAGGCUACAGACGCGGACACGGGCAAAAACGCAGAGAUGGAGUACACCAUCAUGGAUGACCAGGAUAUGUUCCAAAUUUCAACCAAAGGCAUCACUCAGGAGGGAGUCAUCACUCUGACAAAGACUCUGGACUACGAGAAAAGGAAAAUACACACUUUGAGGGUUCAGGUGGAGAACGUUUAUCUGGAUCCACGCUUUCACUCACGCGAGUCCUUCAGAGACACAGCCACGGUAAAGGUUGUGGUGGAGGACGUGGAUGAGCCGCCUGUCUUCAAACGACCUGCCUACAUCAUGGAGGUCAAAGAGAAUGCUGAGAUUGGAACCAUCAUCGGAUCUGUCAGCGCUGUGGACCCUGACGCUAGCCGAAACAUUGUCAAAUAUCUAAUAGACUGGCGCACGGACAUGGACCAUGUGUUCAACAUCCAUCCAAACAAUGGAUCAGUGUACAUCUCUCGUCCGCUGGACAGGGAAGAGCAAGCGUGGCACAACAUUUCCGUACAGGCUACUGAGAACAACAGCCUGAUGAGUCAUGUGCCAGUCUAUGUCAGGGUGCUGGAUGUAAACGACAACGCCCCAACCUUCGACAACGUGGAUGAGGCAUUUGUUUGUGAAAAUGCCAAAGCUGGCCAGAGGAUCCAAACAGUCAGUGCCUCAGAUGCUGACCAGCCAGCUGGAGGUCACAGGUUCUUCUUCAGUUUGGCACCAGAAGCUUCUGUCAAUGCCAACUUCACUGUCAGAGACAACAAAGAUAACACAGCCAGUGUUGUGACAGUGCGGAGCGGUUACAGUCGGGUGCAGAAGAGUGUGUACCUGGUGCCUGUGGUGAUCGCUGAUGGAGAUUUCCCCGUGCAGAGCAGCACCAACACACUGACAGUGCGAGUGUGUUCGUGUGACCGUGACGGGAACAUGAAGCAGUGUAACUCUGAGGCCUUCACACUUGCUGCUGGGCUGAGCACAGGAGCACUCGUGGCCAUCCUGCUGUGUGUCAUUAUACUGCUGAUGAUUGUGGUGUUGUUUACGGCGUUGAGAAGCCAGAGAGAGAAGAUGGAGCCACUGAUCAUUUCCAAAGAAGAUGUGAGGGAUAACGUGGUGAGCUAUAAUGACGAAGGUGGUGGAGAGGAAGACACCCAAGCCUUUGACAUUGGAACCCUGCGUAAUCCUGAAGUGAUCGAAGAUACCAAACACAGGCGGGAUAUCAUCCCAGACAGCCUGUACCCAUCCACACGGAGACUGGCAGCCACAGCGGCCCGGGACAACACGGAUGUCCAGGACUUCAUCGCCCAGAGGCUGCAGGAGAACGACUCGGAUCCAGCAGCGCCCCCUUACGACUCUCUGGCCACUUACGCUUAUGAGGGCAGCGGCUCAGUGGCUGAAAGCCUGAGCUCGCUGGAGUCAGUGAGCAGCGAAGGCCUACAGGACUAUAACUACCUGAGCGAGUGGGGGCCCAGGUUUAAAAAACUUGCAGACAUGUACGGAGGGGAGGAGAGUGAAGAUUCAUAGCCAUGCACUAGGGCUGCACGAUAUGAACAGAACAGUAGCAUUUCGAUUAUAUUGCGAUUGCGAUGCGCCAUGCAAUAAAUUAAAAAUGUAUCAGUGAAUUGAUAAUGUAACGUUAUUUUGACCAAAAUCAUUUACUUUUGUUGGAUUACAUGAAUAAUUUCAAAACACCUACAACUCAUCUGGAACUAUUAUUGGUCAGGAUGCUCCCAGCUAGAAUAACAAGCAUUGUGAUUGGUUAGAGGACUCAUUUAAAAAUUUGCAGCGAUAUUGCAAAGGCCAGUAUCGCAAUAAUGGUAAAUAAACGAUAUAUAUUGUGCAGCCCUACCAAACAGCGUAAAGCAGGGAAACCAAUACUGAGUUAUAAUGGACUCAAUGGAUUCGCACAAGCUGUUCGUCAGUGGUGGACAUCCAUAACCAAGAGAGCCAAACGGAUAAAGUGACCUCUACCCCUUGUGCGGUAUUUAACAAAGUAGAUACCAAGGCAAGCAGUGAAAAUGCUUUCUUUCUCCCAAAGUGCCCUUUUACAGGACUGAACUUUUGAUGUCUUAUCAAACGUGACCUACUUUGAACGUUUGGAGAACAUUCUGGUUUGGUGACUCGACCUGAACGUAACUAGAAAAGUAUCUGUUGACUUUAUCACCUGCUGACCAUUUGAAGCUUUGCUGACUUUGUGUAUUAGUUUCUUCUGCAAAGCAGAGGGAAGAAAAAAAAAAGUAGUGGGCUUUACAAAUACCAUAACAUCAUACAUUAUGCAUAUUUGAAAAUUCACAAACUAUGUCUGUGUACACAAGUCAGUGCUUCUGGGUUUUUAGCUGUGUAGCCGUAACUCUUCCGCAGAACCGCUGUACAAACGCAUUGUCACACUCCUUUGGUGGGAGAUACCAUGUUGUUGGUUGAGACAGUUGAGUAUCAUUCAUGUUAAAAAGAUGAUUGGUUCCUGUUUUAUAUGCAUUAGUUAGGCAAUGGACUGGUGUAAACUGUUGUUGUAGUAUAAUGGUCUGGCAUUUUGUGGCUGGCACUCAUGGCAAGGUGCUGGAUUGUGGGAUAAGUGUAAUAAGGUGCUUUCUUUCAUUCCAGAAGCCUCAUCGGUGUUUCCAAGUGUAAAGAAGCAAGUCUCAGUUAAGGCAGCAAGGUCAAGAUCUAGCAGGUCCAGCAAAUCUUUAAUAGGUAUGUAAAUGCAGCAUUUUAGCUCCAAAAAAAGAAAAAAAAAACACUAAAAGAUAUUCAAAAGAAAAACUAAGGCCCAAGGUUGUCAUCUUGGUGACAGGGGGGCUCGGUUCACUCUGGGCAGAACCAGUAUUUUAAUGUUUUGUGCAGUUUAAACAAAACUGAAUACUGCUUAAUUCUGUUCUGUAUGUCAGCCUAAUGUUAUAGAAGUUUUGGUAGUUUGAUUUAUAUUAAUAAACACUCAGGCUCACAGUUAUGAUAUUACUCUGAAAUUUAGCUCUUAGUUAACCCACAAUUAUUUCCCAGAAUUUGUGAUAAUCAAAGUAUGUCAAAAUGCAGCGUUGCAUGUCCAAAGAAUUAGCAAUUUCCCUCCUUUUAAAACACAGACAUGACUGAUUAAACGAUUAACAUCUAAACAGAAAAGCACUGAAUGCAUUUCCAACAAGGUUUCAGUAUUAAGAUAAUUUAUAUAAAUAACAAGCUACUUCAAAUUCUUUUUAAAUUCUGGAUUACAUGGAAUGAAAAGUUAAUGUUAUUAAUCAAGACAGAGACUUUGUUAUUCCUGUUCUGGAACAGUUAAGGAUGAUCACGUUUUCGGUUUCAUGUUUGUUCCUGAAAGCGGUUCAAAGCUCUGCUGACCAGUAGGCCAUUCAUUCUGAUGUUCAAGUUCAAUUUCAGCUUUUAUGGAUAAAGUAUUAUUAAUAUAUUCAUUGUCAUCUUUCACAGAUGGUCAUUUUUCUGAUGUAGACACCGCUAUAGACCAAAAUGUGUUUUAGCACUUUUACAGUUCACAAAUUUUUAAUUCUUGCAGUUGUAUUCCUCAAAUCAAAUGGCCAUUACUUAGAUAUCUGCAUUAUUUCUCACCCGAAUUUCCGUUCUUUAUAUUCCAAAAUUGAUGUAAAGCUGUAUGACAGUAAAUGUACCGUUGUAUCGAAAAGUUCGGCCACCCCAGCCUAAAGAUGUUUUGUUGAUUUUCAAAGUGAACACAUCCUAUACAGAUUUGCAGAUUUGAACACAGUUAUGGUUUAUUUGCUGACUUAAAAAUAUUGGAAAAAAAUAAAACCCAAAAUGUAGCCUAUGGAACAGUUAUGGCAUGUUUUAUAUGUUUCCAAUAUGUUAAAUUCAGCAAAUACAGUAGAAAUUGAAUGAAAACUCUCCCUGUAAAUCAUGUGUUAAAGUUAUUUGGCUGGGGAUGUUUUUUUGUUUUUGUUUUUUUUGCAUAUGACUGUAUUUUGCAAUGAAUGCACUGACAAUUCUGAAUAAAAUGAAAACAUUUUUUUUUUUCAUUAAAAAUUUCAGGAUUCAUAAGAAAAGCACUAUGGUUAGUAUAUGUUGUCCCUUAAGCGAUAUGGCCAGAAUUACUAUUAUCAACCAUAAAGCGAAGACUCAAGAAGGAGCAACAAAGACAUACAGUGCCAUCCCAGAGCCAGAGUUGUCAAAACACUUCGAAGAACAUACUUGAGACCAUCUUCUUUAAAAGACUCGCAUGAGACUUGUGUAAAAAAGAAAGGACAAAAAAUAAAUAAAAUAGCACUGCGCACCAAAAUACCCCGCUCCUUCUUUGAAAAGUGAACUGUGAGUGAUGUAGACGCUGGAGGCCUCUUUGGCUCGCUUCUGUGUGAUGUUGCAGACACUCUGUUAGCUUAUUCUUGGUUUCCAAUCAUGAAGAGGGAACUAAUGUCCCUGACACAAUGAUCACCUAUCUAUGCUUUGUAUAAUGUGAUAUUUUGUAUGAAAUAUUUAUAUGACUCAACAUUAAAUACAUGUAAAUUCACCAA